CAAAUCCCUAAUUCCAAUCGCCGCCUUUUCGAUUUUUAUUCCACUUCUUCUUCUUCUUCUUCUUCCUUCAUGUUUUCGAUAGCAGCAUCAGGUCGUGGUGAAAACAUGAUGGAACGCAAACGGAGUCCCAUUUCUGUUGAGCAAGGAAGCUUAACCUCUUUCGUGUCCAAAAGAUCUAAGCCUGAUCUGUGCAAUUCCUCAAAGGAGGGAAAAGAGAAGCUUGGAGAAAAAAUUUCAGCACUCCAACACCUUGUUUCACCAUAUGGCAAGACUGAUACGGCUUCUGUUCUUCUCGAGGCUAUGGAAUACAUUACAUUUCUCCAUGAACAAGUGAAGGUGUUAAGUGCUCCAUAUCUCCAGACUAACCCAAUGGAUAAGUUAGAGGAAGGAGAUGAAGUGUACAACAGGAGCAGCAGCAGCAGGUUGAGAAGCAAGGGCUUAUGUCUUGUACCGAUGACAUUUACAGAUGGAAUUUGUGGCAGCAAUGGGGCAGAUAUAUGGGCACCCAUCAAGACUACUACUACUACUUCCCCCAGAUUUUGAAUAAAGGACAAGAGUGUAAGACUCAACAACUGAUUUUUAUUAACAAAGCCCCUUUUUUAUUUUUUGUAUAUCAUUAUCAUCAUCAUCCACUGAUGGGGUGGGGCAUGAGGGAUGAAAAAUCAAAAGCUAUUUUCACUUUUAAGAUCAAACAUUGAUGAUGCAGUUGCUAAUUAUUUUUUAUUCUUGUCUUA